AUCGCAGCAUUUUUAUCUUUGUUGCGAUUACGAGAGAAUCCGAAUGCAAAACCUAAUGAUCUCUGUUUUUGUUUCUCUUUGAAUUUUGCUUUGAAUCUCCAUUGAAAUCUGUAUACAGAAGGAUGAUUUCAAAUCCAAGUUUAUUGUCUUACACUUGCAUUGCGAAAGGAACCGUAGUUCUCGCUGAGUUCGUUUCCAAGGAAGAGCCAGGAAUCGAAGCUGUAGCUUUACGAUGUAUCGAGAACACGCCUCCACAUCAUUCAAUGUUCUCUCAUACAGUUCACAAGAAGACGUACACAUUCGCAAUCGAUGAUGAUUCGUUUGUUUAUUUCGCGAUUUUGGAUGAAAGUAUGGAGAAACCUGAAUCAUUCUGGGUUUUGAAUCGUUUGAGAUCAGCUAUUGAAGAUCUGAUUAAUGACGGUGGAUCUGAUGUUGAAACGUUGAUUAAUCCGGUUUCGCACUGUCUUCAAUUGAAGAUUGAUCCAGUUUUCGCGGAGAUUGUUGGUGUUGUUGAUUUGGAAUUGGACAUGGAUUUGGUUGGAUCACCAAGGAGCGUAGCGAGAGAGAGUCGGAAUCCGAGUAUUGACUCAUCUAAAGGAAGAAGAGCUGCUUUGAUGCCACUUUUGGGGAAGCCAUUGAAGGCGUUGAAGAAGAAGAAGAGAUUGCAUAAUGAAGCAAAAGGAGAAGAUCCGUGUGAGGUUGGUUCGAUCAAGGAGAUAUCAGAGAAGAAUGUUGAUGUAUGUGGGAAUGGUAACAAUGGAGUCUUACGCAAGGAACUGAGAAAUGGUUUGUUAAGUGAUCAUCAUCAUAGACAAAAGGCGAAACAGAUAUGGAAGAAACAUGAGGAGAGCCAGGCCUGCAGAGAAAAGCCAUAA